ACGUGUCGCGUACUCAACGAAACGCACAACACAAUCACCCCUUGCAGCGAUUAACAGGAAGCAAAGCACUUCCACCCACUUUUUUCGAACGUGCUUUUCUCUUUGUUUUUCCUUUCGCCUCCUCAUCCUCGGCCUUGUGUUCCGGAGGACAGGAGAGCGUAAGAUUCUCGCUCUCGGGAAUCUUGGAAGACUUUCUCGGAAUCCAAACACGCUCUACGCCACUCUCUACUCAAGUUUCAGCCUUUCUGUGAGGUUCGCCGGAUCUGGAUCACAACGAGCCACGCCACCCGGACUGCUCGCCGGAUUCGGUGGCAGUCAUGGCGGAGCCGACGGACAAUAGACGGAGCUCUUUGGGGAUUUCUGGAGAGGGUCCGGUGAGAAUCGAGGAAGAAACUGGAGGCGGAAGUAGCGGGAAUAGUGUAGAAUUGGAGAGUACAGUGGCCAGAGGCCACGGUGGCAGUAGCUCUACAGGAAUUUCUAGCGAGAGUUUGUCUAAAGGGAACACAUUACCGGUGGAGAUAUCAUCGAAGACUGAAAAAGUAGAAUCAAAUUCAGGUCCGCCUAAGCUAGAAAGAUCAAAAACUGACAGCACCAGACAUCAAAAUAUAUUGCCCAAAGACGCGGCAAGGAUUUUUAACGACAAAAUUUCGGUACACCAGAAGCUUAAGCUAUUAAACAGAAUAGCUACCGUGAAAGAUGAUGGGACCGUAGAAUUUGAAGUUCCAGGGGAUGUUGAACCUCAGUCUCUUGGUGGUGGGUACAAAGCUGCUCCUACUGAAGCUGCCGAUGAUGAACCUCUUGAUGAAGCAAAUCUUGAAUACAUACCGCCAAUGCAAAUAGUAAUGCUUAUUGUCGGGACGCGUGGAGAUGUGCAGCCAUUUAUUGCAAUUGGCAAACGUUUGCAGGACUAUGGCCAUCGUGUAAGACUAGCUACUCAUUCAAAUUUCAAAGAGUUUGUCUUGACUGCUGGUCUGGAGUUUUACCCUUUAGGCGGCGAUCCAAAAGUCCUUGCUGGUUAUAUGGUUAAAAAUAAAGGCUUCCUGCCAUCAGGGCCUUCUGAGAUUCCUAUUCAGCGUAAUCAAAUAAAGGAAAUUAUAUAUUCCUUACUUCCAGCUUGCAAAGAGCCUGAUAUGGAUUCUGGCAUCCCUUUUAAAGCUGAUGCAAUCAUUGCAAAUCCCCCAGCAUAUGGGCAUACUCAUGUGGCGGAGGCACUAAAAAUACCUCUUCAUAUAUUUUUUACGAUGCCAUGGACGCCAACUAGUGAAUUUCCACAUCCUCUGUCCCGCGUCAAGCAAUCAACUGGAUAUAGGCUUUCAUACCAAAUUGUUGACUCCUUAAUUUGGCUUGGUAUACGAGACAUGAUUAAUGAUGUUCGGAAGAAAAAGUUGAAACUAAGACCUGUCACAUAUUUAAGUGGUUCACAAGGCUCUGAUUCUGAUGUGCCACAUGGAUAUAUAUGGAGUCCCCAUCUUGUUCCUAAACCAAAAGAUUGGGGACCUAAGGUUGAUGUGGUGGGAUUUUGCUUCCUUGAUCUUGCAUCAAAUUAUGAACCUCCAGAACUACUUGUGAAGUGGCUUGAAGCUGGUGACAAGCCUAUAUAUAUUGGUUUCGGUAGCCUGCCUGUUCAAGAGCCAGAAAAAAUGACCCAGAUAAUUGUGGAAGCAUUGGAAAAGACAGGGCAAAGGGGCAUCAUCAACAAAGGCUGGGGUGGCCUUGGAAACUUGGCUGAACCAAAGGACUUCAUAUAUUUAUUGGACAACUGCCCUCAUGACUGGCUGUUUUUACAAUGCAAGGCUGUGGUGCAUCACGGAGGUGCUGGAACAACAGCUGCUGGUCUAAAAGCUGCAUGUCCAACAACUAUUGUUCCUUUCUUCGGAGACCAACCUUUCUGGGGAGAGCGAGUACAUGCCAGAGGAGUGGGCCCUGCACCCAUUGCUGUUGAUGAGUUCUCACUUCCCAAGUUGGUUGAUGCAAUAAAGUUUAUGCUUGAUCCGAAGGUGAAGGAGCGUGCUGUUGAACUUGCCAAGGAUAUGGAGAAUGAGGAUGGCGUAACAGGUGCAGUGAAGGCCUUCUUUAAGCAUCUUCCUUGCAGAAAGCCUGACCCCGAGCCAGAACCAGGGCCAUCAAGCCUUUUCUCUGUAAGCAGAUGUUUCGGUUGUUCCUGAAAGUCUUUCUAUGGCAUUUUUGACUAGCCAUUCAAUCUGUUUAUCACAGUAUAGCAUGAAUAGAUGUCCUGACUGUGCUUAUAAAGAAAUAGAAAAUUCAGGCCCCUACUCAUAGUCUUGUUCAUAAUUCUCGACCCUACUUGAAAAUUUGUAAUUAUUUAUUUUGUUCACUUUCAACAUUUAUUCAGAGAAAGCCAUGAUUGUUCUAAUUUCUCCCCAAGGAUUAAUUGUACA